GUAUACCCAAUACAAAGUAGUCUAAGCUAUGCUACAAACCCGGUAUUGACCAAGGGGAGUACAUUCAAAUUGCAUUUAUCCGUCGUCAAGGCUACCUUCAUACCAUCAUGGUGGAUUCGCUGCAUCGACUGUCUUUGACUCAGAUCUGCAGAGUUUUCUAUUUUCGCAUGGCACUCGUUGAGCCAUGUAAGUCGCUCGUCUACGAUGAUAUUCUUCGCCCCGUGUUGGUUCGGUGGUACCGAAUCCUGGCCACCAGUUUUCGAUCAUGCGAACUCAAGGGUCGGCCGGCAAUACGUACGCAAGCUCUCUGCAGGCUGAACUGACCAAUCAGAGUCCGGAGACGUAAGCAGCCAUCAAAGUCUGUAAGGCACGAUGCCAAAACGUUUGUCGCUCUGCAUCGCAUCUGUACCAACCACAGGAAGCUUGCCGUGUUGCUUAUUUCCGAAUAGAAUGACCAUCAGUUCAUUCAGAUCGCGGACCGAAGAUAGGUAUAAGUACGCCUUAGCUUUACUGUGAAUGUCCUGUUUUCUAGUCUCUCACAGGCAGUGCAGAUAUAGGCCUUCAUGCAAUCUCUGGCGCGACACCCCCGCCGUGUUCAAGCACGAACUGUCCCUCUAGACCCCUCUCAAAUUUCGAUCCAGAUAGGGUUGCAUCCAACGUAUAAUGGUCAAUAAUUAUGCAAAGCCGCUGGGCGAUUCAGGGACAAGCUGGUGGCACACAACAGCCACCCUCGUCGAGAGGAAUGACGAGGCGAAGAUAAAGGAUUGUAAAGAAGAUAUCGAUACCCUCUUAGUCUUUGCCGGUCUAUUUUCGGCAGUGACGACAACAUUCCUGGUUGAUUCGUACAAGAGUCUAAACCAAGACCCUGCGGAGGCCACCCUUCUCAUCCUACAGCGUAUAUCAGAACAGUUGAACGGCUUCACCCUCGGCACAAACAACGUCACCAGUACUAUACCGCCCUUCCCAACGCCACCUCCAUUUGAACCAUCACGGCCUUCGCUUGCGACUAACGCAGCUUGGUUCGGAAGCUUGAUGCUCAGUCUAAUGGCUGCUUCUUAUGGAAUGCUCAUAAAGCAAUGGCUUCGCGAGUUCCUCGCUAGUGAUUAUAUCUCCCCACGAGCACGUCUUCGCGUGAGGUGUUUUCGUUUCCCCGGGCUCGCGAAGUGGAAAGUUUUUGAGAUCGUCGCGGUGUUGCCUCUGCUGCUCCAGCUUGCUUUGGGAUUCUUCUUCGUUGGUUUAUGCUUCUUUGCGUCAACCAUACAUCCCGUUCUCCAGAGGAUAACUGUUCCCCUCGUGGGAAUUUGGGCGUUUUUCCUUCUGGGAGCCACAUUGGCUCCAGCUUUCUCAUCACGGUGUCCUUACAAGACAACAUUUCUCAAAGGGACCAUGAAAUCUGUCAGACGACUCAUUCAGGCGUUCCUUUAUCCCUCCAUCAUGAAACCGUUGAACUUCCUCGAAUGGUGGUUUCGCAGAAUGGGCAUUGAAACAAGGUUUAUGCUUCACUCUAUUCGACGCCGUCAUGCCGCCCGCGCGCGCCGCGAGGAAGAAGAGGACGUAGCUAAUCGUGACACGCAGGACCUCUACAUUCUCUCCGUAGUCGAUGCCGCAUACGUGGAUGACAACUUCCUCUGCGCAGCACUGCAAGAUCCAUCCUUUCAUCUUGAAUCAAUUACCAACGAUGGCGCUCAGAUUGUUCCAUUCGUCAUUCAAAUUCUGGCUCACAGGGAUUGUCCGCUCGAAAAACCCAAACGCUUACUGGACAUCAAUGCGAUAUCUGUCGACGUUUGGAACAUUGUUAUGGACCUUCUCGUGAAUUGUCUAACAGGUGUCCCGGUGUCCGGGAGCGACGAUGGCCACGCACCACCACGUUGGAAAAUGUGGAUGUCUGAUGCCAUCUUGAUUCUCUUCUCGAAUACGGCUCACCCACUUUCUAUCCCUGCGAAUACCAUCAUUGCAAGGUAUCUUGAAACCGACACUGGCGAUGUAAUGAAAGUGCUUGCGGGGGGUAUAAUUGGUAAUGAGGAUGACGAUGCAUAUUUUCUCAGUCAUGUCGUGAACAGACUCUGGGAUUCGCUUUCUGGUUCUGUACACGACAAUGUGCAACGACUUCACAUUCUGGAACAAAGUAUAAAUUCGUCUCAACGUCCAUUCCUCCGCAUGCGAGCUGAGAAGAUCCAAGUCUGCCUCCUGGCGAAACUAGCUAACUUUAUAACGAAUGAGGAACUCAAAGCAUUCCUACUUCGUCAUCCCCAAUCUUGGUGCGACGAGGCAUUUCUACAUAGGAUUGUCUUCCUUGCUGCCGAGCGACACCUUCAGUCUGGCGAUAUCUCAAUCGUUGAAAGUCUCUACCCUCUGCUAGAAGCAAUAGAGACGCGUUUAUGCACUCUAACAGCCAUCACGGACUGUUUCGUUCGCGGGGCUAAUACUCAUAUAGCUCCUCUAGGACAGCUCAACUCAGACUAUCCUCAGUGGUUGAGAGACGUUCUCAAUAUCCUCCUGCCUGACACUCAUGUUCAACAUCCCCAUGGUACCGAAUUCACGGAUCCAAAUUUCUUAAUCUCUGUCUCUGACUCACUGUCACUGCCACGUCAAUACACGGAAUCGCUUGGACUAGGAGUAGGCAGCUGGGCUGUUUCUCGAUGUGGACAUGUACGAGCGGAUGCCUGGGAUUCAUACCAUCAGUGGGCAGAUCGGCGGGUGCAUAUCGCGAAGCGUACGAGAUCCCUUCCCCUGGACAGGGUCAACUUCGUUUCACAUCCGGUUGUAUUGAACGUCCUGAGGUACCUCCUCGAGAGGUGUGCUCAAUCUCUAAGUCAGACGCUCGUCAAGACGUUCCACGGAGUUGAGGAUACAGAUUCUCAUCUUCUGAUAACUGAGAUCGAGGCCUCGAUUAGGCAAGUUGCGGUGCUGCAGAUGGUACGGUGUCAUCUGUCGGGGAGAACGUCGAGUGUGCUCGAAGGCCUUGGCCCCUUACUGCAUUGGGAACAAACAUGCAAGGCUUGUCUCGCUGGAAUCGUUGAUGGCCUCAACACAGUGCUCAAUUCGAAUAUUCGGACGGUGCACUCAUCCAUCAGCAGUGACGGUAACGAUUGGCUAUCUUGGUUCCAAGGCUCAGGUAUCAUUGGUAAACUUCUUCCGCACUUCCCGGACCUACCUCAGCCUCCACUCUCUCUAGUUCUUAGCAAAUGUUUUGAGUCCCAUUUUACUGAGUUCGCUACCAAGUUCGCCAAGUUCGCCAGUGAUUCGGAUCCGGACUACUCUGAGUCGGAUCUCGAUUUCAACAGGACACUCAAUUGUCCGUGCUUUGAUGAUGCACUCCUGGGUCUUUCGAAGGACAACAUGUUCAACUACACUCGUACUCUUUUGGAUAUGCCCAACCAUUCCCCUUACAUGAAGCUUCAGGGCGAUCGAGUUCUUUUGAGGUUCGCGGAGAAAGCUUCUGCUGUUCACCACAUGUCGCUCGUCCAGACCUUGGCGAUUGUAAUUGAUGAAGUCAUGAAAGAAAAUUCAUUUACAAGCAGUCCCACCAUAAUUUGUCUCAUUCUACGAACCAUCCGUUACCAGCUUAACCAAGACAAUGUUCCACUCAGUAAUCUCCGCAGUGCACUCGACCUUUCUGCUUUAGACGGGGAGUCUUGGUGGCUCAUAUCGCAAUGGAUAGCUGCAUUCAUUCAGCCCCAGCUCACUGCCAUGGGAAAGAGCGUUGAAGGCAUGUCACAGGUCCAGUCAAGGAAAACGAGCUUCGUGGACGACGCUGUCGUUAUUCUCCUUUCCAGGUGUCCACACCGUCUACACGAGGACGCGUAUGUAAUGCUUGGUCGUGACGAAUUUGUUCAACUCCUGGAGGGUAUGGGAGAAAUUGCCAAGGAUGUUCAUGGAGAUCUAAUGGAGACUCGACGUGGACGUUUGAGAGAGUGGCUCGAUUCGGCUUACGGAGGAGGUUCUGGGAGCAUCCGAUGAGGAACUGUGCAGUAUCGGCCAGAAGGGGUUCUGCGCUUGUAUCGUUGGACUAUGGGGCUCUAUGAGAUUGUGAGUCAGGCAAUAUCAAGGGUAGGGCAUUGUACUUAUGCCAGAAGACAAAUGUUUAAACUUCAUAGGAACAUACAAGAUGUAGUAAAUGCACGUGGAAAUGAACCCGCCCGGCAUAUUUCUUAGUUCGCGACCACGCGCGUGUGACUUUUCGCAUCUCUAGGCGUCCCGUUGUAAUCAACGUUUACAAUUCGCACCGGCGGACAUAUGGCAAAGAUCUUGUUUUCUACCGAGGUCGAACUUCAAGAUACUAUCUAUACCUUCUUUUUUCUGUACCGUACUAUCUGACUUUAAGAUGCUUUAUUCUUAUCCAAAGCCUCAAGCUCUCAAGCUCAAGGGACACCAAAGGCCGUGGUAUUACGCGCCAACCUUAGGCGACUAUAUUUUGUGGACCAUAGGAGUGGCAGAAUGUUCGAAAACCGGUAAUUCUUCCUCCAACGCAGCCAACCCCCUUGCAAAGAUAUACUUCAACGUAUGACUAUGGAGCUCCUAUGUCAUUCAGUCAUAACGUGCCUAAUUUAUUUCAUGUCCUUUCAGACCUGCCGACGUUAGCCUGUUGCCUGAUGGUUUCAUCUUCUGGCACAUUUCUCAUAGGCGGCAUCCUCUUCCGAUUUGGAAGAACAGGCUUAUGUCAACAAUCCUUUCAUCACGCUUGCGACGCAUCCUACGAUGUUCACGGAUACUUGACCUGAACCGUGACAUAGCAUCC